ACAGAACAGGGCUUUCACUUUAAGCUGUCUCUCCAGCUUCCAAAAGGCCAUUUUUAUUUUAUUUUAUUUUAUUUUUGAUCUGGGGGGGAAAUUACCAAUGCAUAUACAGUGUUUUCCCAAGUAGAGCAUGUUUUCAUUUAGGGAUAUUGAGUGGUUACGUAUCUUUGUAUUUAUAGUUAUACCACUUCUUUUUUUUACUUAUUUAAAUAACUUUAUUUAGUGAAGUCAUGGCCAAGGUGGCGAAGGAGUGGUUGGGUCAUACAGCUUAGUUGACACCCAUGUGUUUUUAGAUUACCUUCCAUACUGUCCCUGCAGGUAUCAGCAUGAUGGAUCUGAAGUUUUUCAGGAUGAGGUAUUUUUGGAGGUCACAGACGGCACAAAUUCAGCAGAAUUUGUUCUACACAUUGAGGUAAUCCCUGUGAAUGAUGAGCCACCUGUUCUAAAACCUAACCUCAUCCCCAUGAUGCAUUGCUCAGAGGGUGGGGAGGUUGGCAUCACUCCUGAACACAUUUUUGCUACUGAUGCAGACAGUGAUGACUUGAAACUGCUGUUUCUGAUUGCCCGAGAACCUCAGCAUGGGGUGGUAAGAAAGGCUGGAAUAGAUGUGGACAGGUUCUCUCAGGAAGAUGUCAUCUCAGGUGCUGUGACAUACAAACACACAGGUGGGGAGAUUGGCCUGGCACCUUGUUUUGACACCAUUAUAUUGGUGGUUUCGGAUGGUGAAGCUGGCCCUUUGGUGAAUGGUUGUUGCCACAAUGGACCCAACCCAUCUGUUCCUCUUCAUGAGUCCUUUCCCAUGUACAAGCUCAACAUCACAGUGCAUCCAAUUGACAACCAGCCACCUACAAUCAUAAUAGGUAAGAAGUUUGUGGUGGAUGAAGGCUUCUCAGCAGCCCUUACUACCCAUCAUUUGACCGCCAGUGACCCAGACACCGCCCCGGAAGACUUAGAAUUUGUUUUGGUUUCUCAUCCCCAAUUUGGCUACCUUGAAAACACACUCCCUUCUGCAGGUUUUGAGAAAAGUAACAUGGGCAUAAGCAUAGCUUCGUUCCAGUGGAGAGACAUGAAGGCUUUGCACAUUAACUACGUGCAGUCCAGGCACCUGAGGGUGGAACCAACUGCCGACCAGUUCGUGGUGUAUGCCACAGAUGGGGAGCAACGCACCUUAGAGACAACAUUUCGUGUUAUCAUCAACCCCACAAAUGAUGAAGCUCCUGACUUUGUGGUACAGAAUAUCACUGUGUGUGAGGGUCAGACAGCAGAGCUGGAUUCUUCUAUCAUCGCUGCUGCUGACAGGGACAUCCCCAAGGACCCCUUGCUCUUCAGCAUCACUCACAAGCCCCAGCAUGGCCUCCUCAUCAAUGUGGCUAUCAGCAAAGAGUCCCCUCAGAUCAUGCCGCUGAGUCAUGAAAUUCACAGCUUCUCCGUGGACCUUCUCAAGACUGGAAUGAAGCUGGCCUAUGUCCAUGACGACUCGGAGAGCCUUGCUGACAACUUUGUGAUUCAGCUGUCUGAUGGGAAACAUAAAAUACUUAAAACCAUUUCAGUCAAUAUCACCCCAGUGAACGAUGAGAAACCAACACUAAGCAAGAAGGCUGAAAUAUCAAUGACCAUGGGAGAUACGCGUGUUCUGUCUAGUGCUGUUCUUUCAGCCAUUGAUAAAGACUCACCCAGGGAGACGAUUCACUAUUUAUUUGAAAGACUUCCCCAAAAUGGGCAACUUCAGCUUAAGAUAGGAAGGGACUGGGUCCCUCUCUCAGCUGGCAUGCAGUGUACCCAGGAGGACGUGGACCUGAACUUGCUGAGAUAUACACACACUGCCAAGAUGGAUUCCCAAGAUGGAGACAGUUUUACUUUCUACCUCUGGGAUGGGGACAACAGGUCACCUGCCUUUGACUGUCACAUCAUCAUUGAAGACUCAGGGAAAGGUGAUAUUGUCAUUCAUGCAAAACCACUCGUGGUAGCCAAAGGUGACAGAGGUUUCUUGACAACUGCCAGUCUCCUGGCUGUGGAUGGAACAGACAAGCCUGAGGAACUACUCUACCUCAUCACUUCCCCACCUCGUUAUGGCCAGGUGGAGUACAUCCGCUAUCCUGGAGUCCCUAUCACCAGCUUUAGCCAAAUGGACAUAGCAGGACAGACAGUCUGCUAUAUACACAAGAGCAGGGCAGCUGUCUCCAGUGACAGCUUCAGAUUUACUGUCAGCAAUGGACUGCAGACCCAGCAUGGGGUGUUUGAGAUCACACUGGAGACUGUGGACAGAGCCUUGCCUGUGGUGACCAGGAACAAAGGGCUGAGGCUGGCUGAAGGGGCUGUGGGCCUACUGUCUGCUGAUCACCUUCAGCUAACGGAUCCUGACACACCUCCAGAGAACCUAACCUUCCUCCUGGCCCAGCUCCCACGCCAUGGGUAUCUCUACCUGAGGGGGAAAGUGCUUCAACAUAAUUUUACCCAGCAAGAUGUGGACAGCAGGGGUGUGGCCUAUCAGCACUCAGGAGGUGGCUCCUGGGAAGACUGCUUUACUUUCCUGGCCACAGACAGGAAGAACCAAGGCUUUGUGGUGGAUGGAAAAACUCGGAAAGAGCCUGUUCUCUUCACCAUCCAGGUGGACCAGCUGGACAAAGAGGCACCCCGGAUCACACGCCUGCAUUCCCCUUCUCAAGUGGGGCUCUUGAAAAAUGGCUGUUACGGGAUUUACAUCACUUCCCAUGUGCUGAAGGCUUCAGACCCGGACACAGAGGAUGACCAGAUCAUCUUUAAGAUUUUACGAGGCCCAUUGCAUGGACGUCUGGAGAACACAACCUCAGGUGAAUUUAUCCAUGAGCGGUUUAGCCAGAAGGACUUAGGCAGUAAGACCAUUCUUUACAUCAUAAACCCAUCUUUGCAAGUGAAUUCAGAUAUCCUGGAAUUUCAGGUCAUGGACCCCACAGGGAACACAGCUACUCCUCAAAGCUUGGAGCUGAAGUGGUCUUAUAUUGAAUGGUUCCAGACUGAAUAUGAGGUCUGUGAGAAUGUGGGCUUAUUGCCCUUGGAAGUUACCAGAAGGGGAUAUUCCAUGGACUCAGCCUUUGUGGGCAUAGAGGUCAACCAAGUAUCAGCUGUAGUCGGAAAAGAUUUUACUGUUAUGCCAUCCAAACUGAUCCAGUUUGACCCAGGAAUGUCAACUAAGAUGUGGAAUAUAGCAAUUACCUAUGACGGAUUAGAGGAAGAUGAUGAGGUCUUUGAAGUAAUUCUGAACUCCCCUGUGAAUGCGGUUCUUGGCACAAAGACAAAAGCUGCAGUGAAAAUUUUGGACUCAAAAGGAGGACGGUGCCAUCCUUCAAAUUCCUUCAACCAAAGCAAGCACAGCACAUGGGGGAAGGGCAUUUGGCAUCCUCACUCACCCCCAGGGUCAUCCUCACUCACCACUGCUGGUUCUCCUCAUCUGGAAAGAGGGCCUCCUCCAUCUUCUACCAAAGGAGAUGCCCUUCAGGGUUUUGAUCCCACAGACCUCUCUCAAAGGGCGAUGAGGACCCAUGGGAACGGCAAAUCAGUUCCUCCAUCUUCUGUUUGUAGAAAUGGAACAGACACCAUCUACAAUUAUCAUGGCAUAGUUUCCUUGAAACUAGAUGGUGGUAGUUUCUCAGCUCACAAAGGGAAGGCCAAAAUAUCCAUCGUCAGUCAGCCACAAAAGACAAUCAAGGUGGCAGAACAGCCUCUAGCUGAUAAGGUGGAAUCCACAACUGACUCACACUUCCCCAGACAGGGUCAGCUGCCCUUGUUUCCAAAGAACUGUUCUGUGGAAUUAAAGGGACUGUUUCAUUUUGAAGAAAGCAUCCACAGAUUGUAUCUAUGUGAUGGGAUCACCUGGAAAGUCUGGAGCCCCCAAACUAAGGGGCUGGAGGACAAAUCCUGCCCAGCUGGAUGGCAUCUUUACUCAGGCUACUGUCACACCUUGGUCACACAGCGGAAAGGCACCUGGACCUCAGCUACCCGAGCUUGCAGAGAACAGCAUCAGGGAAACCUUGUGACCAUCUUCUCCAGGAGGCAUAUGCAGUGGUUAUGGGAUAUCAGCGGGAGAAAGCCCUUCUGGAUCGGCUUGAAGAACCAAGGGCGCACUGGCCGCUGGGAAUGGAUUGGAGGAGAACCUGUUGCAUUCACUAACUGGAGGAGAGGGACCCCUCAGCACCCAAGGCCUGGGAAGAACUGUGUUUUGGUUCACAAAAGAGGACAAUGGCAAUCAAAGAACUGUAGUAAAGGCAAGGCCCACAAUUUUGUGUGCUCAAGGAAACUCUGAAUGUAACCUGAGAUUCCUCACCUAUCUAUUUACAAGAUCUAUGUGUAUUUGCUCAGUAGAAAUGCAUUGUUGUGGCUGGAUGGGUAUAUCUUUGUGGGCCUAUCAAGUGAACAUGUAAGCUAGAGCAACACUCCCAGGAAGGUGGGUGUAUGAAUGUGUCUUUCAAGAUGAGAUAUAAUUUCUGUAUCUCAAUAUUUUUCUAAAUAAACACCUGCAGUAUUAUA